AUGGUUUGGCAACACGGCGAUCACCAUGACAUCCCGCAGCAAUGGCGCAUACACAAGCCUGGCGCAUGGCUCCCAGCUGACCAUCGUGUCCAUCGCGAAUAUCUUCGUCGUGUGACGGAGCACGUCGACAGGCACCCCGAUGAAAAACUGACACCAGCGCUGCAGGAGUUCAAAGAGUUAAUCGAAGGAAACUCACGAAUAUACAUGUACUUUGUCCAAAUGUUUGAUGAAAUCCCAAAGAAACGGCCAUACUGGCGCGAUCCCACAGGAACUAAACAGAUCCGCGACUACAAACACAUGCUUCAGGUGCUCAACCACAUUGUCUCAAGAGCUCCAGAAUGGACAGAUGCCGCCGAAAGUGCUGGUGUUGUGGGAGUGCCAUUUUGCGCAAUCCUUGAUUACCCCAUGGGAACACCAAGUGGACAUGCCGCGUUCCUCGACCCAGACGUGAACAAAGCGAUCAAGAAAGUUCUAAACGAGUGGGGGAAGUUCUUAGAGACUCCCAAAUCGGCCGAGGUGUUGGGAGAGCACAAACUGGGCUGGUUCGGCGAAACAGGACGAAACGACGUCAUGCAAGUCGCCAACGCUCCGUUGAAGUCGUCCAUGAAAUUUGAAGAAAUGUUUGUUUGUGAGCCAUCGGCAAAAUAUCACGGCUACAAGUCAUGGGAUGACUUCUUCACUCGCAAGGUUCACGAUGAGGCAAGGCCUGUCGCAUCUCCAGACGACGACAAUGUCAUUGCCAAUGCAUGCGAAUCAAAGGUGUUCAACAUUCAGCAUGGUGCUCAACUGCGAGAUAAAUUUUUCGCAAAAGGGCAGCCUUACUCAGUACUUGAUAUGCUGGCUCACGAUCCACUUGCUCAACAAUUCGCCGGCGCCACAGUCUACCAGGCAUUCCUAUCGGCGUUGUCCUAUCACCAUGGCACGUACUUCAGCGAGCCUCUCUUUGAAGGCGUAGGCUAUCUGUCUGCGAUGGCAACUCGAGGCAUCAUCUUCAUUGAGGCAGAUAAUCCGGCAAUUGGUUUGAUGGCUUUUAUUGCCAUUGGCAUGGAUGAAGUCAGCUCGGUGGACAUCACCGUAAAAGAGGGCCAACAUGUGAAGAAAGGUGAACAAACAGGCAUGUUUCAUUUUGGUGGAUCGACGCAUUGUCUUCUAUUCCGAAAGGGAGUCAAGUUGUCGGGAUUCCCCGAAGUUGGGAGGCAAGAAAAUGUCCCCGUUCGUGGUAAACUUGCUGUUGUCAAGCCAUAG